AUGAAGUCUGUCCAGUUUUGUUUCCUUUUCUGUUGCUGGAAAGCUAUCUGCUGCAGUAGCUGUGAGUUGACCAACAUCACCAUUGCAGUGGAGAAGGAGGAGUGCCGUUUCUGCAUAAGCGUCAAUACCACCUGGUGCUCCGGCUACUGCUACACUAGGGAUCUUGUUUAUAAGGACCCAGCAAGGCCCAACAUCCAGAAGACAUGUACCUUCAAGGAGCUGGUGUACGAGACAGUGAGGGUGCCUGGCUGUGCUCACCAUGCAGACUCCCUGUACACAUACCCAGUGGCCACUGAAUGUCACUGUGGCAAGUGUGACAGUGACAGCACUGACUGCACUGUACGAGGCCUGGGGCCCAGCUACUGCUCCUUCGGUGAAAUGAAAGAAUAA